AUGGACCGAAUUCCGCUAGAAGUCUACCGCCUCAUCGUCUCCAUGAUUGACGAUGAGGAAGAAGACUCGCUUUGGGCACCCGACAGAGACUGCAGUCCGUCCACCACUGCUGACGUACAAGCCUUACAAUCAGUCUCCAACUCCCAAGUCCAGUCGCAUACAACCAGCAGUCGGAGACACUCGUCUUCAAUCGUGGAGUCAACAAAGAACAUGCAACGACGGCUGCAGAAUCGACUAGCUGCGAUUCGCAAAUUUCGGCUUUUGACGUUGGUACGCAAGCUAUGUGCCAAUAUGCCCACGAAAGGCAAGAGGGAAGAUUUAGACACGGAGCCCGGAAUGACAGUUAAUCGGCUCGCGACCUUGAAAUCAGGUCCUGUUACACUUCACAGAAGAGAGCCACGCAAAGCUCGAGGCUAUCUCGCAGCAUACCUACAGGAAAUAUGUUCGAGUGCUGCACAUCGUGCCAAAAGCCAUCUCUGGCCCGCUCCUCCAGAAAAAGAAUUUGGACAAUGGCUUCGAGGAGAAAGGACGCUGAUCGACAAUCCACUGGUCUUGUACGUUGGCCAGGAUUACGCAGGACCUUUGGUCGUGCCGGAUUGCGCCAAAAUCUCUCGAAAGGCAAUCAAGUUCCAUUAUAAGGAAUACUCGUCGCUUCACGCCGAGCAGCAAAAGCUCUUCGCUACGGCUGAAGGUAUUUUGCAAGCCGCCGUUGGCCGUCUCCCACAGCUCAAACGGGUUGAAUCCGGUCUAUCAUGGGACUGGACUCGCAGAAGACAGGACAUUCCACCAAAUGACUUUGAACCUAAGCCCGGUUGGAAUUGGCACUUCAAGAGGCUCGAUAUUUCGCCAAGAGAUGACAUUAUAGAUAGAGUAUGGAAGACAGGAUCCUGUCAGACAAACUUCGACAUGGACCAGGGCACAAUGAUUCUGAGGGCAAUAGCUUACGGAAGGGCUUCCUCUGGGGCUCAUACCGACGCUGGCCCUCUAUUUCGAGACUUGAGCAAAAUAGUCAUGGAAAUCAAGGAUCCCAAGGAGAAAGCUGUGGUCGAGACACUCAUGACCGGCACUAAACAUUUCAAUUAUUACCUAAAAUUGGCCGACCUUGAUGAAGUCCAGGAGCUCAUGUCCUCCGGCACAAUCAUAAGCUUUCUACAGACGAUGCCAAACCUUGAAAGCCUGCGUUUUCGAUCUACAUACCUUGGCACAGAAGACCGAUUGGAAAAUGCGUUCGGCAAGAGCAUCACAUGGCCCCAUCUCACCUAUCUAUCCAUCAAAUCUGUCGACAAUUUCGAUUUCGGCGGCCUCGCCGCACUGAUUCAUCGUCACAAGGCCAGCCUCCGCCAGCUUGCACUGUAUGAUGUUUAUUACGACUAUGAGAAUCGGAGCGAUCUGCGGGCAGAUUUGCGAGCAGGCGCCCUGGACAAGAUCCGAAUCUGGAGCAUGGGUCGGAGAGCAGCCGAGCAAGGGCCGUCCGACCUGGACUGGGAACGCGAGGCUCACGGGUGGGCUAAUCCUGGAUCGCCUUAUGUGUUCUCUGGCGGAGCAUGGUCACCUAAACUUGGAUCAGAUCUCCGGGAAGAACUUGUGGCCAAGUUGUUUCCAUCAUUCGCGUAUACACAAGGAGGUCUAUUGGCGGAGGACGAAGAUUGGACCAAAGAGGCGGGAAGCGAGAUAUAG